AUGCAGCAGCAGCAGCAGCAGCAGCGGCCGAGUAUUUUGUCGUACUCCACUGGGUGGGUGGCAAACGGUCUCUCAUGGAGCACGCGGGAAAAUUCACCCUUUCGCUUUGCUGUUUCCUCGUACAUACAGGAGUACAAGAAUCAUGUGGACAUUGUUCAGAAAAAUGAAGAAGGGGAAUUGGUCUGUAGAGCAACGUGGGAACACUGCUACCCGCCAACCAAAGUGAUGUUUGCCCCUCAAAAAACAAUGACCGAUCUCAUCAUUACAACGGCAGAUUAUCUUCGCUUGUGGGAAGUGAAGGAGGGGCCCCCGGAGCGAAAUAGUGAUGAGAGGCACCGAGAGAAUGAUGAUCCACGUAAGGUGCCAUCGAAAAGGGACCACAUUGACUCCCAUGUGGUGUUUAAAACAGUCUUUGAUAGUGGGAAACAGCAGAAUGAGUUUUGUUUCCCUGUAACUUCAUGUGAUUGGAACAGCGAUGACCCCAAUAUUGUCGGCUGCUGCAGCGUUGACACAACAGUCACAAUUUGGGACAUUGAGAGUGGGAAAAACACGCGGCUGAUCGCGCAUGACAAGGAUGUCUAUGACAUUGCGUUUGCAAAGGGGACCCACACUUUUGCGAGUUGUGGCGCGGACGGCUCGGUCCGCAUAUUUGACUUGAGGGAAAUUGAGCACUGCACAAUUCUGUACGAAUCUCACUCUUUAUCGCCCCUCCUGCGGGUGGCAUGGGACAAGCUUGAUCAGACGUAUCUUUCUACAUUUGGUGUUGAGGGCACCGAAGUGAUUGUUUUGGAUACGCGUUUUCCUGCUGUUCCCGUGGGUGUAUUGCGAAAUGUUCGACCCCAGCCAAUCAACAGCGUUUGCUGGGCGCCAAACUCCGUGACAAAUCUUUGCAGUGCUGGAGAAGAUGGCACAGCAUACAUUUGGGACAUCAAUGGGCUUCCGAAUGUGGCACCCAAGUGCAUCAUGAACUAUAAAGGAGAGCACCCCAUUAAUAACAUUUCGUGGUCUUCUCAAAAUGAACAGUGGAUCGCUAUUACGACCGGAAAAGAAGCACAGUUGCUUCACGUGUAG